CGAUUUCUUCAGCGUGAAUUAACCAUCUGUCAUGGUGUGAAAACUGCAACUCCCGAAGCAAAAUAUAUUCCUUCUCUGUUUAUUUUAAUUGAAUAACCACGAUGGCGACACCUAUGUCGAAAGAGUCAAGAUCUAUGAGUACGGCUGGAGAGUCAUUAUACCAGUUAUUAAAUAUACCCAAAGACGCAAAGGAAGAUGACAUCAAGAAGGCCUAUAGGAAGAUGGCAUUGAAGUACCAUCCUGAUAAGAACAGAGAUGACCCACUUGCAGGAGAAAGGUUUAAAGAGAUCAAUCGCGCACACAAAGUACUAAACGACGAGAAGAAAAGACAGAUUUACGACGAGUACGGCUCGUUUGGAAUCUACAUCGCAGAACAAAUCGGCGAGGACAACGUUGAUCUGUACUUCCUAGUCAAUUCUAAAUGCUUUAGGAUAACGAGUGUGAUCUGUUUCUUCUGUACGUGUUAUUGUUUCUGCUUCUGUUGCUGUCUGUGCUGCUUUGGAUGCUGUGGACGAUGUAAACGAGGGGAAGAUGAAGAUGAAGACUUUGAGAUCGUCAUACCAGAGGAUGAGGACGAGGAAGAAAGAGACGCAGACGGCAACACGCCCAUCACCAGUCAGCCAAAAGCAUCGCCAGACGAGGGCGCUUCAAACCAGAACGUCGCCAUACCCAUGCCAGCACCUGAGAAGUCUCCCGAGAAAGAGCCCACCGAAACGACGGUCCUAAAUGCGGGCGACAAAACCAAGUAUACGGAAGGAUAACACCCGAGGGCGCUAUAACAUAUUUUCCUUUUUUGUAUUUAAUCGAUUCAGUGAUUCAAAGGGGAAGGUCAAUCCUGUAAGAGUUGGUGAGAAUAAAGUGGCAGAUUUUAUAGAGAAAGAGCUUUGUGAGUGGUUUAGGGAAUUAAGAGAAAUACUAACAAUAUCCAGAUAUGACUCAAAUAGGAGUUUUGAAACCACUAUGCUGCAUUUCAGCUUUAACUUACGACGCUACUCGAUAUCAGGUAUUGGUUUUCCCUUCACCUGUCUCGGCAUAUUAAACUGUACUAGGUAUUAUGUCUAUUUGGUAUCUUUCUAAUCUUUAUUCACCAUUGUCACCAGUUUUAUUUAAUUUAUAAUAUAAGUAUAGAUGACAGGUGAUCAUGAUUAUUUGUUUGGUAUUAUAGAAUUGUAUUAGAAGCUGAUAGUGUAUCCUUUUUUCUGGGCCGCGUUUCAUAGAUAUUUGUUACAAAAUCAAAUCCACAAUUUUUUUAACAAGUUUACUAUCAGCCAAUCAGAUUGAAAGAUUUUGGUAGCUUUUAACUGUUAUUGAAAAUGUGUUAUUGUAAACAAUUUUAUGAAACAGGCCCCUAAUCUCCUCUUGUCAACCUUGUGUUGCAGUUAUUUAUGAUGAGUUCAUUAACAUGCAUCUUUUUAUGCCCCUUUGAAACAAAUCUUUUGUAUACCCCACCCCCCUUCCCCACAUAUGAGCAUGUUCAUUCGUAAGGGAAAGCUGCCCCUUAAUGUUUUGAUCAUGUGCAUGUAAUAGGUUGAGAUUUU